UCCGGUCACACCGCAUAUUGCACUUUUCCUGAGCCCCUGCCCUUCAUUGAGAGAGAGCCCAAUAAUGGCUGUCAUGCCCCUGAAAGUCUGGCACCAGGAGGUGGUGACCUUUGAGGAUGUGGCUGUUUACUUCACCCGGACAGAAUGGGCUGGCCUUUCUCCUGCACAGAGGGCCCUGUACAGAAGUGUGAUGCUGGAGAUCUAUGGGAACUUGACAUCCCUGGGAUACCCAGUUCCCAAACCUGCGUUAGUCUCACUUCUAGAGAGAGGGGAUUUGCCUGUAGGCCUGGAGACACAGGAUAAUCCUCCUGCACAGGGGACCAGAGACAUCUAUAAAAAUGCCAGGACCCACAUGGACAGUGAGUUAACACCAACAUGGGGAAUUUCUGAAGAAAGAGACAUGAUGAUGUCACAUGGGCCACAGAAGAAUGUUCUUAACAAAAGCAGCUUCCUAGAAACAUGUGAACUGGAGCAACACCAGGAAAUCCCCACAGUGAAAAAUAUUAGACGAAAGGUUCUAAGAAUCCACUAUGAUAGGAAGCCCUUCAGAUGUGAGGAGUGUGGGAAAUGCUUCAGCUAUUUUUCUUACUAUGUUAGACAUCAGAGAAUCCACACUGGGGAGAAACCCUUUGAGUGUAAUGAGUGUGGAAAAGCCUUUAAUGGCAAUUCUUCAUUAAUUCGACAUCAGAGAAUCCACACCGGUGAGAAACCCUAUCAGUGUGAAGAGUGUGGGAGAGCCUUUAAUGAUAAUGCAAAUCUGGUCAGGCAUCAGAGAAUCCACAGUGGGGACAGACCCUAUCUCUGUAGGGAGUGUGGAAAUGGUUUCACCAGUAGUUCUGAGUUUGUUAUACACCAGAGAAUUCACACUGGAGAGAAACCUUAUGAGUGUAAUGAGUGUGGAAAAGCUUUUGUUGGUAAUUCACCACUUCUGCGACAUCAGAAAAUCCACACUGGAGAGAAACCAUAUGAGUGUAAUGAGUGUGGCAAAAGCUUUGGAAGGACUUCUCAUCUUAGUCAGCAUCAGCGUAUUCACACAGGGGAAAAGCCUUACUCUUGUAAAAUAUGUGGGCAAGCCUUCAAUUUCCAUACAAAACUGACUCGGCACCAGCGAGUCCACAGUGAGGUGAAACCUUUUGACUGUAUAUGUUGUGAAAAAGUGUUUAGUACUCAGGCUCAGUUGAAAAGGCAUCUAAGAAUCCAUAUUCAGGAGACCUCCUGUGAUGAGUGUGGAAAAGUCUUCACUAGCAAAAGAAAUCUGCUUCAGCAUCAAAGAGUCCAUACUAGAAAGAAACCCUGUGAAUAUGUCAAGUAUGAAAAAACCUUUAGGACAUCUUCCCAGCUAGACUGUGUCCACCCUGGAGAGAAGCCUGUGCUGGAUGUUGGUUGUUUUGGGCUCCCAGAAUUCUUUACCCCCUUUUACUGGUAACAGUACAGUAUAUCUCCUUUCCUUCUAUCUUCCACUCGGGCAGAAUGUGUGACACAGGCCCCGCUUAGCUGCAGAUUCUUCCCCUCAAGCUAUAGCUGUUGGUUCAUGUGUCAGUAGAUGACCCAGGAUAGUCCAGUUAGAAUCCCAAACUGAGUUAAUAACCCUCCUAAUGUUGAGCGUGGCCCUGGCCACAGCAACCAGACAGCAGACUGUGGCCCUGUAAUUCUUUCACCUUCCAGUUGUUGCAAACUUUUGACAUUCGUACUUGUUAAGAAUCAAAGAUAUGUGAACAAUGCGGCCUCCUAAUGAUGGUUUCAAAGGCUUCUUGGUGUUUGGAGAACCAUGUGCACCCAUGUGGACUUUGGAAAGCCUGCCAGUUAUGAAUUCCAUGGUAUUGAACAACUCUUGAAACUCCCAGUACUUCAUUGAGCAAGGAUUUCCUUACACCCUUAGCAUUUGGUGUCUGUUCUUUGUAGCACAGGGAGAAGAGGCUGGAAAAAUGAGCUGUUUGGGGGAGUGGUUGAUUAAUGCGGCCCAGAGUAGGCUUGAAUCCUGAGCUCCCACCCCCCAGGAACAAGACAGGUCUGUGGGCCUUGCAAGGGCACAAGACCUGUUCUGAGCCAGUCUCUUGAGAUCCAAGAACCUGAUGUUCAAGGCUGGAGCCUGGAGUUUACCACCAUCAUCAUCCUUGCUCUUCAGCAAAUGGAAGAACUUGCUGUGGCUGGAUAGCAAGAGCAUUUGACAGGUAGCUAUAGCCACUGACUCUAAAUAAAUCCCUUUUUACCUUCUGCUUCAGAUUCUGUGCUGUGCAGUGGGAUAUGCUGCUUUCACCGAGCCAGAAUCUGUCCACAUGUCCAAGUACAGCACCCCAGCUUUCCUUAGGGAGCUACAUCUCACGUGCUUCCAGUCUAGACAGUAUCAGAGGGCUGAUCCCACACUCCACCCAUCUGGAAGAUGGGUAUAUGAUGCAUGUCUAGCCAGUUCCAUUUUCUCUCCUCUGAUUGCUAUGAUUGCUAUGAGGGCGAGAAUGUUAUCCAAGCCAGACCAAAGGCAUUCCAAAUCAUGAGUUUCAUUGAACCCUAGUGAAGGAGAAACCAUUCCCAGUAGAAUGGGCUUUGAGCUUGUGUCAUCCUGGAGGUGCUGGGUGAGAGACUGCCUGAGUGGAGUCACCGUAAGGCAAUCAGCAGGACUGACAGAGAGGGGCCAGGUCGCACGCUAUAUGAUCCCUUGGAUCUGACACCUCUGAACCCACUCUUCAACUUGUCUCUUGUAAAGAUUGCUUUCUAUCAUCUAUAAUAUAUUUAUUUCACUUGAGUGUGUCUAGUCCCUUGUAAUCAAAAAAGCCCUGACACAUUGUUGGUUGACACAUUGGAUUAUUGGUUGUUGGUUGACACAUUGGAUUAUUGGUUGUUGGUUGACACAUUGGAUUAUUGGUUGUUGGUUGACACAUUGGAUCAUUGGUUGUUGAGGCUCCCUCUGGCAUGGUGUCUCUGAUGGAUGGGGCAUGUUUAGGGGAGGUGAAGACACUAGGUGCAGUCAGGUCUAAGGGGAGCUGCCAGACAACUCUUCCUAAUUUCUUGACGUCCCAGAACACAGAGAGGAGGACUAGCAGGGAGAAAGGGCCAGGGGAUGGUCAGUUGGUCUGUUUGUAUUUUCCAUAUUUUAGGGUUUAUUUUGUUUGUGUUUUUCACCCGUUGAAGUCUUUCAGCACAUCUGCCAGAAACUCAUGACAGCCUAUUUACUUAUUGGCUUCUUAUACUGUAAUUCAUGAAAAUCUAUAAAAUUUUUUUUUUACCUCUACCAUGAAAUAACUGGUAAUUCUUUAAGGACAAACAUUUCCAGACUUCCAACAGAGUCAGUCAUGACUGUCUCCAGGCCACUUUUAUCAGCCUCAUUGCCUUUUGUUUUUAAAAGUCCCUGUCUCUCUCCCUCUAGAAUCUUUUUGUUAAAACAGGAAGGUAGCUAGAUAUGGCAACCUACUCCAUUAUUCUUGCCUGUGAAAUUCCAUGGUCAGAGGAGCCCGAUGGGGCUAUAGUCCAUGGGGUCACAAAGAGGCGAACAUGACUGAGCAGCUAAACAACAACAAAAGCUAGACAUGAGCAGAGAAAGGGGAGCAUGGGCCAGAUGGCAGGAAGCUAUGCAUCUUGUGCAGAGGAGAGGGGGAUCCUUGGAACCUCCAUACUGGAAACCAUACAUUUGGAGAUAAGUGUCCUGGAGGCAGAACAAAGAAAUGUGGGAAAAUGCAGGAAUAUCUGGUGUCUGAAUGUAACCUUUCACUCAUUAUGCUUUCAUUACAAUAAAAUAAGCCUUGCAGAUAAGUGGCCAUCCUGCAGUGAUGCCAUGACAUUUCUGAUCAAUGCUAAAUAAGGACAAAAGUCCUUCCCUCCAGGAAGAUGGUGCUGCAAUAAAAAUCAGAGAACAUGACCCCCAAA